CUUUAGGCCCUGGCUUGUUUGUCAUUAGGGGGCGUGUAGCCUCUCGGAAGAGCUUGUUCUUGCUCGCCUGGUAGCAUCUACUCUAGAGCUACAUGCUCAGAGUGCGCAGCAGACUAGAGCUCUCCAAGCGCUUCACAGGAGCUUGCCGUAGAGCUAGUAGGCAGGCUUCAGUCUCUGUACCGCUGGAAACAUGGCGGCUGGCCCGGGAUCGGCCAGCAGUGGCCACGGAGGUGGCCGAAGCUCUGGCGGCUUUGAGGCCUCUUUGGACCGGCGCUUUUCCGGAGUUUCCAACACUAUGGAUUCAAUACAAGGACUGUGUGGCUGGUGCAUCGAAAACAAGAAACACCACGCUGUUAUCGUGCGCUACUGGAUGAAGUGGCUCAAGAAAUCUGAUGCAAGCCAUAGGCUGAACCUCUUCUACCUGGCCAAUGAUGUCAUCCAGAAUGCCAAGAGGAGGAAUGCCAUCGUGUUCCGCACCUCAUUUGCUGAUGUGUUGCCAGACGCUGCUCUGCUGGUCAGGGACCCGAAGGUGUACAAGUCUGUGGAGCGUAUCUUCACUAUCUGGCAGGAGAGGAGUGUGUACCCGGAGGAGUUCGUCACAGAGCUGAAGAGCAACCUCCUCAAGAAGGAGGAGAAGAAGGAGAAGGAGAAGGAGAAACCCAAGGAGAAGCCUCCUCCUCCACAAGCUACCCAACCGCCACCCAACUCAAAAACUGCCCUGAAGUCCAAGGUGGUUGCAGAGUUUGCACCGCAGGUGUUUAUCGAUCAGCUGGUUGGCUACCAGCGUUCUCUGGAGGAGGCGGACCUAAGGCAGCAGCAGCUGGCGGCACUCAGAGUGGACGUCUGCAAUGUCAACAGCGCUGAGGCACUCAAGAGACUCAAAGAUAAGGCGGGUGGCAAGAGGUUCUCCACUGACUUUGAGGACGGCAGCAUGAGGCUGCAGGAGUAUGUGGCCUUCCUGGAGGAGCAGAUGCAGUCAGGACCCCCCCUGCUGGAGGCUCUCGGUAACGCGGACAUCUUCUACGAGAUGCAAUUCAAGGAGGUCAAGAUCGUGGCCAAUGCCUACCGGACGUUUGCCAACCGCGUGGCGAACCUGAAGCGUAAGCUGGAUGCCCUGAGAGCCACGCUGCCCGAUCCCGAUGACUCGCCCAUUCCCUCCCCCUCUGAAGACGUCCCUUCCCCCGCAGGGUCUGACUCGCCCCUCAGGGCCCCCCUGGGGCUGUCCAGGGGGAAUGACAACCGAGAUGUGGAGGACAUGGACCUGUCUGAUGAGGAGGAAGCGGCCGGCUCUGAAGCCAUCAUUGAAGAGAGGCGAGAGAAAGCAGCAGCGUCCUCAGCAGUGGUACCCAAGGCAGCCGCGGCAUCAGUUCCAGCAUCAGCAUCCUUCAGACCUCUAUCAUCUAUAGCCACGCCUGCAAAGGCUGCAUCACUGGCACCCACGGCCAAUCAGACGGCAGCAGCGGUACCCUCGGCCAAUCAGACUCUUCCAUCGCCCAGCGUAGCCACUCCCAGCAACCCUACGGCUGCAGCGGGCCCCUCCCCCUCCUCUCUGCAGGUCAAUCUGGCUAACGUGGACCUGGGAAAGAUCAGCUCGAUACUGAGCAGCAUAACCAGUGCUAUGAAGGGAUCAGGAGUGAGCCCUGGCUCGCGGCCGUCUCCGACCACACCCACCACUCCCUCCAAGCAGCCAACCACAGCUCUCAAAUCCCCAGGUCCCACCCCCGGCACGCCUCCCUCAGCCAAUCCGCUGGCCAGCAUCCUGUCGCGAGUGGACAUCACCCCUGAAGGCAUCUUGAACGCGCUCAGCAAAACCCAGGCACAUAGCCCUGGCCUGCAGGGCCUCUCCUCCCUGCUGUCCAGCGUAUCAGGCAGCUCCUCUGCCACCCAGAGCACCUCCAGUGCCACCACCUCUCAGCUCUCCUCCGCCUCCUCAGUCACCCCGGCGACGGGAACCACGCCCACCGCCGCCACGCUCAAGGCCAAGGCCUCGCCCAGCAGCAACAACAACAGCGCCAAGCGCGACCUGGAGCGCAUGCGCGAGUGGGAGAAAGUGAAAGAGAGGGAGAGGGAGAAGGAGAGGGAGAAGGAGCUGCAGAUGGAGAGGCAGAGGCAGAAAGAGCUGGAGAAACAGAGGGAGAGAGAGCAGCGAGAGAAGGAGCGAGAGAGGGAGAGGGAGAAAGAGAGGGAAAGGGAGAGGGAGCGCGAGAGGGCCAAGGAGGCGGCGCAAGCGGCCAGAGCGGCGGCGGCGGCGGCGACCGCCAUGCCCAGCCUGGACUCCAAGAUCCACCACUUCCUGCAGGGCAACCCCGCCUUCUCCCUGGGGCUGGACGCCGAGAGCCAGAGCCCCCUGCUGGCGGGCGACGAUAACGCGGACGGCACGCCGGUGCGGGACGAGGCGGCCGCCACCCCCACGCAGGACGAGAUGAUGGACCCCCCGGGGCCUCCAGAGGUGCCCGCGAAACCCCCACCGGUCGCCCCCUCGCUGGGCCGCCCCAACCUCUCUCCCACCGCCUACCGAGCGGACCUGUGGGACGCGGUCAUCACCCCGCGGGAGCUGCUGCUGAACGAACCGGCCCAGCAGCGGCCCGGCGACGGCGACUACCGGCCGUCCGCCGUGAUGCGCCACACGCCCUUCCCCACGCCCCCCGUGCAGCGCCACGCGCCCCAGUUCAGCACCGCGCCCACGCCCUCCCCCAAGAAGGCCGGCAAAACCCCCAACACCACUGCUGCCAGGACCAAGGAUGACGAGGCCCCCCCCAAGAGGAAGGCUCCCGCCGGGGGUGCCGCGGGGGCGACGGAGGGGGUCCACAAAGCCAAACUGAGCCGCAAGUCUAGCGGCGGGUCCGAGGACGGAGGAGGUGACGAGAAGAGCAAGAAAGGAGGCGCGAAGGCCUCGGCAGCGUCAGCGCACCCUGGUGGCGGAGAGCAGUACCACCGCAUCGAGACUGUGGUGUCGUCCGUGUCCGAGGGCCUGGACCCGGCGGCGUACCGGAGGCUGUCGGGCGAGCGCAUCCAGACUGUGGAGGGCCUGCGCAUGAUUGGCCGAGGCUCCCGGAGGGGCGGCGUCAGCGCCAAACGCGGCUCCGGGUCUUGGUACGAAGAGCAGGCGUACAUGGAUGAGGAGUUGGAGGAUGAGGAGGAGCUGAUGCCCCCAUCGCCCGCCUUGCACAUGCCCCCACAGCAACAACACGCACCGCACCCGCAACACGCGCCACACCCGCACCCACCACAGCACACGCACAUGCCCCAGGGGCCGUACCCGGGGCCGGGGCCCGUGCCCUUCGCCACAGAGGAGCCCCGUCACCCAUCGGGCCCCCCGCACGUACCGCACCAGCACCCGCACGCGCCACCACACACACAACACCCGCAGGCGCACCCACUCACACACCCACCGCCCCCACCACACCAACAUCAGCAUCAACACCCGCAGAUGCCGCAAGCUGCACCCCCUUGCCCACCUCACCCCUCGGCCCCUCUCUUCUUCCCCCCUCCCUGCCCCCCAUCCCCCAGCGCAUUCCUCGCCACCACCACGGCGGUCAUGGUCGGCGGGGUGCUCGUGCCCAUCGAUCGAGUGCUGCCCAACCCCCCGCAAAACCCCAAUGCCAACCGGCACCAGCACCAGCCCCAACAACACCACCACCACCAGCCGCCCGAGAGCUCUGAGCGCGAGCGCGGCAUGGGCAUGGGUAUGGGCAUGGGCGCUGGGCCGGGGGGUCCGCCCAACCUCCACACCCGAGACCGAGACCACCGCGAUCACCGCGAACACCACCACCACAGCCGAGACAGAGACCACCGGGAUCACCGCGAGAUCCGCGAGCGAGACCUCAGAGAGCGCGAGAUCAGAGAGCGCGAGCGAGAGAGAGACAUGAGGGAGCGCGAGAUGAGAGAGCGAGACAUGCGAGAGCGAGAGAUGAGGGAGAGAGACAUGAUGCGAGAGAGAGAGUUCAGGGACAGAGACAUGCGGGAACGCGAGAUGAGAGACAGAGAACUCAGAGAGCGAGAUAUCCGAGAUAUCAGAGACCGAGAGAGCAGAGACAGGGAGAGAUCGCGGGAGCGAGAUCGCGACCACCGUGACCAUCGCGAUCGAGACGGCAGAGUAGGGAGGUCCCCCACGAUCCCGCCACCGCCUCCCCCUCCCCCUCCCCCACACCCCCUCAUGUCCUCUCUGCUCGGAGAUCCCCCCUCCCUGCCUGGGAGGCCAGGCACGGUGAAGGAACACUUCGCCCCGCGCCACACCCCCCCUCUGCACCGGCCGGGCACCCCAGGAAACCCCCCUCCCCUCCUGGGGCUGAUGAAGGAUGGCCCCCCUGGUCCCUCUGGGCCUUCCUCUGGUGGUCCCUCUCCCUCCCCUUCGCCCACGACCCCCACCCCUACACCCAACACCCCUAACACGCCUAAUACCCCUAACACUCCCAACACCCCUACCCCAAGCACCCCAUCCUCCUCCUCCUCCUCCCCUUCCCCAUCUGACCCCCCCUCUGCAGCUCUGCCCAAGCAGUCCUCCUCUUCCCGCCUGCCCACCUCCGACAAAAACAGCAAAGCCCCCGGCACCCCCACAGCCCCCGGUCCCACGCCUUCCCGAAACAACACCCCCAACACCAACACCACCCCCACCCCCAACCCCAACCCCAACAACCCCCGCCGAGUCCCGCCGCCCUCCCCCGCCUCCCUGCUGCGGCUGCCCAACCUCACCCUGCCCCUGCGCGCCCCCACCCUGCCCACCCCCCCUCGCAGAGGCCUGGGCAUCCGCGGCUCUGGCCAGCCCCCCCUCCUCAUGAACCCCCCGCCCCGCUUCGACAGGAAGCACCCCCUCUUCACCGCGGGGAACAAGCGGCCCCCCGCCUUCAGCCCGAGGGGAGGGGCAGUGUUCCCCCCCAAACGGCCCUUCAUGCCCCCGCGCUACUGA